UUCCGUCGCCCUUCCGGAUUGUGCAGGCCGUGCGAAAACCGACGGCAGUGUCUUUCGGUGAACGGUGAAACGUGAAAUGUGUGCCUCGACGUGUUUGUGGUGAGGAAGACGGCGCCAGCGCUUCGUCGUAGCCGACUUCUUUACGGGGCCUUCAAAGAUACUUCAAAGUGUGUUUGAAUACGGCUGACAGCUCGUUCGCAUCGCCUUCCGGAGUAAUUUGUUCAUCUGGCAUCGAAAUCCUUUGGUCACGUAACUUGAGUUAUCCUGAAGAGUUGCUGUAACUCGUAAGCGAGGCUGUUUAUUGGAUUCCGGUUUCAGCAAUGCGCUUCUAUUGUCGCUGUAUUGUGGACUCCGUGGCUUAUCUCUGUGUUGGGAAUCCCGUUGCGCCUUCGGGGGUCCAAGUUGUGUGAAAACCGACGGCAGUGUCUCUCGGUGAGCGGUGGAACGUGAAACGCCUGCUUUGGCGUGUUUGUUGAGAGGAAAUAGGCGCCAGUGCAUCGUCGUAGAAGGCUUCUUUACGGAGCCUUCAAGGUGUGUUUGAAGACCGCUGGGCGGACGUACUUAUCGCCUUCCGGAGUACUUUGUUCAGGUGCAGUGUGAUAUCUGGCAUCAGAAUCGCUUGGGCAAGUUCCUUGACUGAUCAAGAAAAAUGGCUGUAACUCCUAAGCGACGGUGUUUUUUGAUUCCGGCUUCAGCAUUGCGCCCCUAUUAUUAUUAUUCUUACUCGUACUCGAAGAAAGCGCUUUUUUCGAUAGAGCAGCGAAGCUCAGUGGAACGCUGGUUCUGUACUAACACAUCCAAGGCCUGUGCGGAGGCUGUGUGACAGCAGGUCAAUAGCUCAACGGUGUUUACGCCUGCGUGUCUUCAGACUAGCGAUUGCAGGUUUAUAAAGUUGCCAAGAUGCUUUAUGCGAACUACAAGGAUUCGACGUAGCUUUUUGUGUCAACUCUUUGCUUCUCUGGUUGCUAUGGUAAUCUCAGCAUCGCGAUGGACAGAACCGGAAGUCACAAACCUAUGCGUUCUGCUAUAAAUAUGGGUGCAUCGGCAGCUAUUACCCUUGACCUAUGCUAUCCGAACCAUGGAGUACGUCCUGGCAGCCAUCGCUGGUCAUCGGCAACCUUCCCUGCGGAGAGAGCGCACCUUCCACCGGCGCCUAGCCACGGACGAUGUUCCACACCAGCCCCUGCGUUACUACAGGUCCCCGAGGGAACAUAUUCGGACCCUUUGUACGACACUAGAGCCUCGAAUGCAGCGGCCUACGGCACGGUCUCGCGCCUUACCGAUGGAUGUGCAAGUGCUGCUCGCUUUGCGCUUUUACGCAAGCGGCAUCUUCGUACUUGCGGGCGGCGAAUCGUACUUGCGGCUCUGUUUCAGCACUUUCAAUUGCUGUUCAUUCAUGUUCUUUUCAGCCUUUUCAGAGAUAGCUGGGUUUCUUAAGGUCUUGGGAUGCAUUCAUGGCACUCAUGUGCAAAGCAAGCCUCCUAAAGACCAGGAACACUUGUACAGGAACCGAAAAGGACUGUACACAAUCAAUGUACAAACGAUCUGUGAUGCUGAGGGUGCCAUUACCCAGCUGACAUCGAAAUGGCCCGGCAGCACCCACGACAGCUUCAUCUGGGCAGACUGUGACCUUCGAAGGUGCUUCCAGAGACGGCAAUCGCCCGACGGUGGCUCUGGGUAUGCCUUAGAGCCAUGGCUGCUCACCCCUGUAAGGUCUCCGGUAGGCCCUGCCAAUGAGCAGUACAACUCGGCCCACACUCGGAUGAGGCAAGUCAUUGAGAGGACCUUCGGGGUUCUCAAAAGACGCUUCAGGUGCCUGCACCAGUCCCGGGGUGCUCUACAGUACAGUCCGCUGAUGUGCACCAAAAUAAGGGUGGCGUGCGCUAUGCUGCACAACAUGUGUGUCCGACAUGGCAUUGACUUCAACUUUACUGAUG